AGAUCAGUCAUUUCCUCGGAUCAUGUUUCUCCCCCUCUAUACAGUCACGAAGUGGGGAUCAAAGUGGGCGUUGCACUGCACACGUCAGCGGCUAAGAGAUUGAUUAGUUCCGACGAGUGUGAGAGCCAGUGAAUGUUCGGGGCUGAGCAGUGGAGGGACGAUCGUCGUGACGCUAAGCUUUAGCCAUUGUUAGCUGCAUGAUAAGCUACAUCAUCGGCUCAAUUAAGCAUCCUCGAUACCGGUGUUCAUCUGGCACGUGUAUGAUUCGUGAGUUCUGCUUUGUGAGUCGAAAUGGGCCUGCAGAAGAGGCCAGAUCGGAUCUUACGGCGGCAAUAGCGACGUGGUACACACUUAAAUAAGACUAGAGUGCUUUCUGAAAACAAGCUGGCCAUCGACUUUCCCCUCUACAAUCUUUCCAAAGCCUUUAUCUCAUCACCAAAAUGACCAUCUCUCACUACGGUGUCUGGGCCUGUCAGCCCACUCGUUAUACCGCCCAGACGGACAAGCAGGACUCCAAGUCUCCCCAUAUUUAUCUUUACUUCACCGACGAUUCCUCGUCGAGCAAGAACCUUGAGGCAGCGAUCAAUGUCAAGUCUACCGAUAAGGACACCCGGCUUGUCUUUUGGCUGAAUCGCAAUUUCAGCCACCCCAUCACCGACGAGCUUUCGCAACUCGAUCAAGGCUUCCACCUGGCCCAGUCAAGCUCCUCAUCCAACUCAGCCCAAGAGUAUCACAGCCAAAAUUCAUCUCGUCACCAGAACCACGGUCACCACCAUUCCCACGGCAACUGCGAACGUCUGGUUCGCCGACAAGAGUCCACCUUGCAAGGACUCGACUUCGUCCGUACAAAGAACCUUGUUGACAUCGAAUCGGGCCAAAUCCUUCCGCAUGACGUCUCUGGUCCUGACAAUGACAUUCUGGACAAACUUGACCCCAUUCUGACCGACGCGAUUAACAAAAAGGCGACUGCCUACAUCUUUGGAUCAUCCUACGGCUCCGGGAUUCAUGACGUUCACAUGAACCAGGGUAGUCUCCCCAAUUUUGACAAUGGCAUCUACGAAGAUGGAGCGUUGCUGUUCAAGUUCGAUGACGGACACUGGGAGGCCGUGUUCUUGGCCUUCGCCUCGCAGAAGAUCCCUACCGAUGACCAGGGUGAAGCACAGUCCAACAGCAAGUCACUGGCAGGUAUUCUGGGGCAGUGAUUAGAUCUUGAGGAAGGAAACCCCAUCGAAUUGUUGGCGAUAAUGAUCUUGUCUAGGAUUCUCUCCUCAUCAAACAACGUGGUCAUGCCUAAAUGCUCAUUUACGAUGUUGGGACCGUUCUUGUUUCAUUGCCACGAGCGAGUAACUCGAGAAGCUCCACGAAUGUAUAAGCUAAUAUUGGGCCAUACCAAUGUUACCCCUAUCGUCGCACUAUCA